AUGAAGUUAAAGUUAGAAAUCGAGAAGAGGGAAGCACUGUGGCAGUUAGAGAAGCAGGAGUUAGAGGCCAAAGCUAUAGCGGUAGAAGAAUUCAAUAAAAAGAAAAGGGCAGAAAAGGAGAAAUUGCAACGUAGAAUAGAUAAGGCUCUGUCAGAACGCGCGGAAUUGGAGAACGAGGAAAGCACGAUACGAUUCUGUAAGAAAACGUCUACUCCAAUGGUUCGUUCAGGAGAUGUAGCCGAGAUGUCAAAAGUUUCGAAAGUCAAAGUGAAUUCGGUUCGCGCGAGAGUUGUGGACACUGAUGCAACAACAGAAAGUGAAAGUGAAGGUGGAAGUGAUGGUGAUACAAGCGAUGUAAGUUUGAAAGUGGGUGAAGUACCAACGAAGGCCCAACUGUCUGCGCGGCAGUUUCUGGCUAGACGGCUGCCGACGUUCACUGGGAAUCCGGAAGAGUGGUCAAUUUUUAUCUCCAGCUACGAGACGACGACCAAAGCAUGUGGCUUCUCCAAUCUGGAGAACUUAGUUCGGCUGCAGGAAUGUUUGAAGGGAGCAGCACUUGAAGCAGUAGGAUCGCGUCUUCUACUGCCUCAGUUCGUUCCAAAGGUAAUGCAAGAGCUUCGUGAGCAGUUCGGACAACCGGAGCAGAUUUUGGAGACUUUGUUAGUAAAGGUGAGAUCUGCCGAUGGACCGAAAGCGGAAAAGCCAGCGACGUUCAUCACAUUCGGCCGACUUGUUCAACAGCUUUGUGACCAUAUGGCAGCAACCCACUUGGAUGACCAUCUAACGAAUCCGUUAUUAAUCAGUGAGUUGGCGAAGAAGCUCCCGCCGAGCACGAAAAUGGAUUGGAUCCGUUUCAAACGAAGCGAAGUCAGUAGCAGGAAGAAGGUCACACUACGUACCAUGGCUGAUUUCUUAUCGGAGAUAGUUUCUGUAGCAACGGAAGCAGUAAACUUGGUUGAUGGACAUGCAUGCAGCAGUCGUGCGCCCAAUCCAGAUCGUAACCGAGAGCGAAGCAAAUCAAAGCCGCAAGGAGUCUACGUGAACAUUCACAAGGAUGAUGAAAAGGUACCACAAGAAGAUGAACCGCAGAAACGAACCCCAUGUGCGAUGUGCGGUGAAACAAAUCACAGAUUGCGUAACUGUGACGAUUUCUUGAAGCUCGAGCCAGCCCAGCGUUUGAAAGCAGUAGACAGGUGGGAGCUUUGCAGAAGCUGUCUCAAUGCACAUGGAGAUGCGAAGUGUAAGAUCAACAUCCGCUGCAAAGUGGCAAACUGUCAAGGGUUACACAACACACUUUUGCAUCAACUUCCCGUGCACUCUACCUGUAAUAUGCAUAACAGCAUUCUUCCUUCGUCGGUGACCUUUCGUGUUGUUCCGGUGAUGGUGUACAACGGUUCCAAGGCACUUUGCGUACUGGCGUUCCUGGACGAAGGCUCAUCGUACACACUUAUCGAAGCUUCGGUAGCAGAGGAGUUGGGUUGCGAUGGAGUUGUACGGCCAUUACGCGUCUCGUGGACCGCCGGAAUGACAAGACUUGAAAGAGAUUCCAAGAUAGUUAAUUUGGCGGUAUCCAGUGUGGGUUCAACACAGAAAAGCGAAAUGCGUGGAGCACACACAGUGAGAGAAUUGGGGUUGCCGAAACAGACUAUGCGGUUUGCUGAAUUUGCUAGAAGUUAUGAACAUCUACAAGGCCUCCAGGUGGAUGACUAUCCGAUGGAAACACCACGUAUGUUGAUUGGGCUCAAACACCUACAUCUGUUUGCUCCUCUGGAGUCUCGAAUUGGGAAUCCUGGUGAGCCUAUAGCUGUGAGAUCGACGCUAGGAUGGACGGUGUACGGCCCACAAGAAAAGUUAUCUUCCGAGUCCACCUUUGUUGGUCAUCACACAUGUACUAGUGUGUCAAAUGAAGACUUAUAUCGUCUUCUAAAAUCGCAUUACGUAUUGGAAGACUCCGCAGUUUCGGUGGACUUGGUACCAGAGUCAAACGAUGACCGCAGAGCCAGGGAGAUCUUGGAGAAAACAACAGUUCGAGUCGGUGAUCAAUUCCAAUGUGGUUUGCUAUGGAAAGAAGACCACAUUCUGUUUCCAGACAGCCUUUCUAUGGCGGAGAAGCGAAUGAAAAGCCUCGAGAAACGUUUAGCCAAAAAUCAAGAAUUACAGCAGAAAGUUCACAAGCAGAUAAGUGAAUACAUAGAAAAGGGGUAUUGCCACAAAGCUACACCACAAGAACUCCAGUCUACAGAGCAACACAAGGUGUGGUAUUUACCGUUGAACAUUGUGUUGAAUCCGAAGAAACCAGGUAAAGUUCGGCUUGUUUGGGAUGCAGCAGCUGAAGUCAACGGCGUUUCUCUCAAUGCGACACUGUUGAAGGGUCCAGAUCUGCUAGUCUCCCUGCCGUCAGUGAUAAGUCAGUUUCGAGAACGAAGAAUUGGUUUUGGAGGUGACAUUCGCGAGAUGUUCCAUCAAAUACGCAUUCGCCCAGAGGAUCGUCAAGCGCAACGGUUUCUAUUUGGCGGAGAAGUGUACGUGAUGGACUGUGCCAUUUUCGGAGCGACGUGUUCGCCUAGUCAAGCACUUUAUGUUAUGCAUAAGAAUGCAAGGGAGUUCUCCGAAAUUUAUCCAGAAGCAGCCAGCGCAAUCGAGAAGAAGCAUUAUGUGGAUGACUACUUCGACAGCGUUGAUUCUACAGAGGAGGCAAUACGUCGUGCAAAAGAAGUGCGAGAUAUUCAUGCUCGUGGUGGAUUCCAGAUCAGAAACUGGGUAUCCAAUUCAGAAGAAGUUUUGCUGCAGCUUGGAGAACGACAAAACAAUCAGGAGAUUCACUUCCAUCGAGACAAGCAAACGGAAUACGAGCGUGUUCUGGGGAUUGUAUGGAACACCAAGCAGGACGUGUUCACAUUCUCCACCAAAGUUAAAGAAGAGUUACAACCGUACCUAACAGGCGGACAUCGACCAACGAAACGGAUUGUAUUGAGCUGUGUCAUGAGCUUUUUCGAUCCUCUUGGACUUCUGGCGGUAUUUACGAUUCACGGUCGUAUCAUCGUGCAGGCAGGAUCUUUGGCGAAGUGGUUGCGACUGGGAUGA